AUGUUCCGAACUAUUCUAUCUCGACCCAAGUCCGUCUCGGUGCUCGCCGUCGGGUCCGGCGCAUACUUCGCCCAAUCCUUCCUGUCAACCGCCCACGCCGAGUCCAAAGAGGCCCCUAAAGCCUUUGCAGGUUUCGGUUUCACCACCCUACGCCUACACAGCACUACAGAUGUAAACCACAACACAAAAAGACUGGUCUUCGAAUUCCCGGACCCGACUGCAACAAGCGGACUCUCCCUGACCUCUGCCCUCCUCACAAUCACCCGUCCAGAAGGACGAUGGCUUCCCGUACCACGCCCCUACACCCCCAUCAGCGACCUAAACCAAGCCGGCUUCAUCGAAUUCAUGGUAAAGAAAUACCCGGACGGCAAAGCAAGCACGCACAUCCACUCCCUAGUUCCAGGCGACACACUCACCUUCGCAACGGCGCUGAAAGGACACGCCUGGACACCCAAUCAAGCUCGCCAGGUCUACCUCAUUGCUGGUGGCGCGGGCAUCACGCCAAUUUACCAGCUUGCGCAGGGCAUCCUGAAUAAUCCGGCCGAUCAGACGAAGAUCAAUCUCGUCUUUGGAGUGAAUACUGAGCGGGAUCUCUUGCUGAGAGAGGAAUUGGAGAGUUUCAAGGCUCGGUUCCCCGAUCGGUUUGAGUAUACUUAUGUUGUGAGUCAUCCCGAGGGGAUGGGUGAGGGAUUCCAGACGGGGUAUAUCACGAAGGAGCUCUUGGGUGGUGUAUUGAAGGAUGCUGAGGCUAAGGUCUUUGUCUGUGGUCCGCCUGCGAUGGAGACUUCGUUGGUGGGAUCGGGUGGUGGGAUUCUGGCUCAGCUUGGCUUUGAGAAGAGUCAGGUUGUGAAGUUCUAG